GUUUUUGAUUCAUUAGUAUAAGUUAUUAAUCAUCUCGUUUUCUUUUGCUGAUUGAUUUUGAAAAGGUGAUCAUCCAUUAAGGCUGUUGAUUCAUUUCUUGCGCGUAAUUAACACAAACAAAACAGAAACGUGAUGGACGAUAUCGGAUUUCCAAAUGAUCAAUCGACUCAACUGACACGAUUACAUGAGUGGCUAAAGCUUCGAAUAAGUGAAUUACACGACCAAGAUGCUAAUCAAUUGUAUGACCCUUCUCGAGUAUUCGAUCUUGAAUAUCUGGACGAAAUCUACUCAACACUAAGUUUGGGCGUGGAAGAGUUUAAUUUGGAUGAUGACAACCCAAUAUCUCACUGUUACUCUGAGAACAACCUUCAGUCCCCUCGAAGUUGUAAGAUAACUAUCGGUGGCGAUAGCAUCUUCGCUGGAGUAUACAGAUCUGCUACUAAUCUUAAUGCAGCAAUAAAAGUUUACCUAGCAGGUCAACUCCAUCUUAUUGAUGUUGUAAGAGCUUCAACUAGGCCGGUCAAAGAUGCUUUGGUUCCAUUCGAAGUAGAUUUAGCUCCAUGGGACAGGAUUAAAGUCGAUGUCGCUUUUAAAGUUAAUCGUUUGAAGUUGAUCCAGAAUCAAGACAUAGCUCAUGACUUAUUGCAGACUGGAAAUAGAAAACUUGUUUACGAAUCACCAACACGAUGGGAUAUUAUCAAUAGUAAAAUAUUAAUGAUUAUUAGGGAAAAUCUUCGUCGACAAACAGUUUCAAAUGUUUUAUAAUCUGUGAAUUGUUUAAAGAUGAAAUUAACGUGAUUUAUGACAAUUAAAUUGGAAUAAGAUUUUCUAUUUAAACUGAGACAAACUCUUUCCGUAAUUUACCAAUUUCACGAAUGAUCCAAACUUGAUCCUCAUGAAACCCGCUAUUAUCUUUUAUAGUUAAUAUUGUUUCUAGUAAUUUGAUUGCGUUUGUUUGAUUUUUCUAUUAAACGAUUCAAAGUGAUUUUCUAGUCGCAAUCAAUUUCGGCGAUUGAUAGUUGCGAUUGGAAUGAACUUCAUCAAACAUAAGUAGAGUAAGCGACAUUUUGCUCAACUCUUCAUUUGUUUAUCCAUCAUUUAAUUAUUUCUAUUAAAUUUUGAUUAGAUUGGAAAGUGCUCAAUGUAAUAAAAUGUAACCACAGUACCCAAA